AUGCCAAACACCGUUGCUCUGCUCACUGCGCUUGCAGCGCUUGUUCCGAAUGCUCUGGCACAGGCAAACACAUCGUACGUGGACUACAGCAAAGAACCACAGCCCAGCCUCGACAAGCAGACACUGGCAAAGGUCCACUAUGGAUUCCCCGACUGUUCAGCGGCGCCUUUGAAUACGAGCCUCGUGUGUGACAAAUCUGCUCGUGCUCAUGACCGUGCCGCUGCCUUGAUCGCACUGAUGACGUUGGACGAGCUGAUCCAAAGCACCGGAAACACUAUCUACGCCAUCCCACGUCUCGGUUUGCCAGCGUACGACGUUUGGGUGGAAGCGCUGCAUGGUCUGGAUCGUGCGAACAACACGAAAUCGGGCGACUGGAGCUGGGCGACGUCGUUCCCUUCUCCUAUUCUUACCAUGUCAGCCCUCAACCGCACGUUGAUCCAUCAGAUUGGUGAUAUCAUCUCCACUCAGGGUCGGGCAUUCAACAAUGUCGGACGCUACGGCCUCGAUGUCUACGCCCCCAACAUCAAUGCCUUCCGCCAUCCGGUGUGGGGUCGUGGCCAGGAGACGCCUGGUGAGGAUGCAUACAAGCUGUGCUCUGUCUAUGCGUAUGAGUACAUUACCGGUAUCCAAGGAGGCGUCGAUCCCGAGGACCUCAAACUGGUGGCCAAUGCCAAGCACUUUGCUGGCUACGACAUCGAAAACUGGGAUGACCACUCUCGACUGGGCAACGACUUGAACAUCACUCAGCAAGACCUGUCUGGAUACUUCACUCCCCAGUUCGUCGCCGCCGUGCGUGAUGCGCGAGUGCACAGCGUGAUGUCCUCGUACAAUGCUGUGAACGGCGUGCCUAGCAGUUCCAACUCCUUUUUCCUGCAGACUUUGCUGCGCGACACCUGGAACUUUGUGGAGGACGGCUUCGUCUCCUCUGAUUGCGGCGCCGUCUAUGGUGUUUUCAACCCGCAUGGGUAUGCGGCCAACGUCUCGGGUGCUGCAGCCGACUCGAUGAGAGCCGGCGUGGAUAUCAACUGUGGAACUGUCUACCAGCAUCACCUGAAUGAGUCCUACUACUACGGUGACAUCUCCCGCAGCGAGAUUGAGCGUGCAGUCACCAGACUCUACUCUAAUCUUGUCAGCCUCGGAUACUUUGACGGUAACGAAGGCCCCUACCGCAACCUGACGUGGUCCGACGUUGUCAAAACCGAUGCCUGGAACAUCUCAUACGAGGCGGCAGUGGAAAGUAUCGUUCUGCUGAAGAACGAUGGAGUUUUGCCUCUUUCCAAGAAGGUCAAGAGCGUUGCUUUGGUUGGGCCCUGGGCCAAUGCGACUACCCAGAUGCAAGGCAAUUACUAUGGUCCGGCCCCCUAUCUUACGAGUCCACUGAGUGCGCUCAAGGCAUCAGACCUGAGCGUCAACUACGCUCUCGGCACCAAUAUCUCCUCCAAGUCUACCGACGGGUUCGCUGCCGCAAUGGAAGCGGCCAAGAACUCUGAUGCUAUCGUCUUCGCUGGCGGUAUUGACAACACCAUUGAGGCCGAGGGUAUGGAUCGUCAAAACAUCACAUGGCCUGGCAAUCAGCUUGAACUCAUCAAGCAGCUGAGCGGCCUUGGAAAGCCUCUAGUUGUUCUCCAGAUGGGAGGUGGUCAGGUUGACUCUUCUGCAUUGAAGGAAAACAAGAACGUGAACGCUCUCGUCUGGGGUGGUUAUCCCGGCCAGUCAGGUGGCAAAGCCAUUCUGGAUAUUUUGACUGGUAAACGUGCGCCGGCAGGUCGCUUGACCACGACGCAGUAUCCCGCAAAAUACGCAGAGCAAUUUCCCGCGACUGAUAUGAACCUGCGUCCAUCCGGUGAUAACCCAGGACAGACUUAUAUGUGGUACACUGGCACUCCCGUGUAUCCCUUCGGCCACGGACUAUUCUACACAACAUUCCAGGCCUCAAUGGGUUGCAACAAGGGUAGGGAGAAGAACACCUCCUUCGACAUCGUUGACCUGCUCUCCCAGCCCCACGCAGGCUACAAUGUGAUCGAGCAGGUCCCUUUCCUCAACUUCACCGCGGACAUCAAGAACACCGGCAAGGUUGAGUCAGACUACACAGCAAUGUUGUUUAUCAACACUACCGCCGGUCCUGCCCCAUACCCAAAUAAGUGGCUGGUCGGCUUUGACCGACUCGGCUCCAUCAAGCCAGGAAAGUCUGACAGCAUGGUCCUUCCUAUCACGCUGGACGACGUCGCUCGAGUGGACGAGCUGGGCAACCGUAUCGUUUACCCCGGCAAGUACGAGUUGGCAUUGAACAAUGAGCGUUCCGUUGUGACGUCCUUCACCUUGACUGGUAACGCCACUACCCUCGCCAAGUGGCCACUGGAGAAGCAGCUCAUUCCUCCUGCCAAGUAA